AUGGAGGCCGCCUCUGCUCGCGCCGGAGCUCGCGACCGCUGGGGGGAAUAUGCUGGUUCCGGCCGCACCCCCUCACAGCUGCAGCGCUUUAUCCAGGCGGCCUGCAGUCCCGAGAACUACGAGCCCAAUCUCGCCCUCAACCUUGAGAUCUCGGACCUCAUCAACUCCAAAAAGGGCAGCGCUCCUCGUGAGGCCGCCACUGCCAUUGUCGGAUACAUCAACAACCGCAACCCCAACGUUGCCCUGCUGGCCCUCGGCCUGCUCGAUAUCUGCGUCAAGAACUGCGGAUACCCCUUCCAUCUGCAGAUCGGCACCAAAGAAUUUCUCAAUGAGCUUGUCAGGAGGUUUCCGGAACGGCCCCCGAUUCGGCCGACCCGUGUGCAGGCCAAGAUACUCGAGGCGAUUGAAGAGUGGCGAGGAACGAUAUGCGAGACGAGUCGAUACAAGGAGGAUUUGGGCUUCAUCAGGGAUAUGCACCGGUUGCUGAGUUAUAAGGGCUAUGUCUUUCCCGAAGUGCGGAGAGAAGAUGCUGCUGUUCUUAACCCCAGUGAUAAUUUAAAAUCCGCCGAGGAGAUGGAAGAAGAGGAGCGCGAAGCGCAAUCGGCCAAGCUUCAAGAGCUCAUUCGACGGGGAACCCCUGAGGAUCUCCAAGAGGCCAACCGUCUCAUGAAGAUCAUGGCUGGUUAUGAUACGCGAUCCAAGACAGACUACCGCGCAAAGGCUGCCGAGGAGGUCGGCAAGAUCCAGGCCAAGGCGCGGUUACUGGAGGAGCGGUUGGAGGCCUUCCAGGAGGGCGAUAAGAUGCAGGAGGGCGAUGUCUUUAGCGAGUUGGCCGCUGCCCUUCAGAGCGCCCAACCCAAGAUCCAGAAGAUGUGCGAGGAAGAGUCGGAUGACCACGAGGCUGUGGCCAAACUCUUGGAGAUUAAUGACAGCAUACAUCGGACGGUGGAGCGGUAUAAGCUGAUGAAGAAGGGCGACUUGGCGGGCGCGGCCAAGGUUGCUGCUGGCGCUCCUCCUCCCUCCACUUCAGGGGCUGCGGCAGCUUCAUCGAGUACGGCCAACGAGCUAUCGCUUAUCGACUUUGACGGCGACGCGUCCAAUGGCAAUGGCGCACAGUCGAGCAGCACCCCUGCGCCAGCUUCUGGUGCUGCUGGUAUCGAGAAUGAUCUCCUUGGACUGGAUAUUGGAGGAGAUUCGGGCAGCUUUGGACAGGGCGGUGGCAUCGCUCUUGGGUUCGGCGCAAAUCAGAACAUCCCCGGCCCUGCUCUCCUCUCCUCCCUAACCCAGGACAACUCGGCAAAGGGUCCUGUGUCAACACCAACUCCUCCCCCUUUCUCGCAAUUCGCCUCCUUCUCACAGCCCGUGUCCCAGUCAGCUACACCACAGCCCUCUCUACUUCAGCAGUCUGUCCACGCUCCUCCGCCUCAGCCCGCCUCUGAUCCUUUUGCUGCCCUCGGCGGCGGCCUCUCCAGCUCGCAGCGGGCUUCUCCCGCGCCGCCGCAGGCUCCAGCCGCUUCCAAUGACGAUGACGAAUGGAGCUUCUCUUCGGCGCUGCCUCCUGAGCCCGCCAAGCCCAAGGAGCACCAGGCAACCGUCAGCAACACGAACCUUCGUAUCGAGCUUCGUGCCAUCCGGUCACCUGCCGCCGCUAACGCCAUCAAUAUCGUAUUUGCCUUUUCCAACAACAUAGCCCAACCCAUCAGCGAGCUUCACUUCCAGCUUGCCGUGACCAAGGGCUACGAGCUUCAACUUAAGCCUCAGACUGGGCGUGACCUCGCUCCCAAGCAGGCCCGGGGCAUCACCCAAGAAGUCCAGGUUUGGCACGCGGGCAACCACGCCCAAAAGGUCACCUCGGCCAAGCUCCGAUGGCGGGCAUCUUACAAGGUCGGCGAUCAGCAGGCCAACGAGAUGGGUGAGGUUUCCGAGUUUACUCUUGCAUGA